AUGGUGGAGGGGAUUCUCGCUACAUUAGUUAAGUUCUAUGAUCCAUUAUACCGAUUCUUUACCUUUCCAGAUUAUCAGCUUGUGCCUACCUUGGUGGAGUUUUCUCACUUGAUUGGCCUAUCUAUUCCUGAUCAAGUCCCCAUUUCCGGUUUAGAAGAGAUUCCAAAGCAUCAAGACAUUGCAGAAGUUAGUCAUUUAAGGGUGUCUGAGAUCAAAGCUAAUCUGACUAUAAAAGGAGGAAUUCUUGGUUUACCUACUAAAUUCUUGAUAGAGGAGGCUCGUUAUUUUUCUAGCAUGAAGAGUAUGGACGCUUUUGAGGCUAUUCUUGCCUUACUCAUCUAUGGAUUAUUACUCUUCCCUAAUGUUGACGACUUUGUUGACAUUAAUGCUAUUAAAAUAUUCCUAAUUGGAAAUCCAGUUCCUACCUUGCUUGCAGAUGUUUACCAUUCAGUCCAUCUCAGGAAUUUUCAUAAGAGAGGAAUGAUCAUAUGUCGUACAACUCUGCUCUACAAGUGGUUUAUUUCGCACUUGCCUUGGUCUACUGCCUUAUGGUCACAAAAUAUUAUGUCUCUCACUAAUUAUGGCAUUGAUUGGUUUGAUCGUGCCUAUGAGGGGGUAACAAUUAUUUAUAGUUGUGGUGAGUUUCCUAAUGUACCUCUUCUUGGUACAAAGGGAGGCAUUAGCUACAACCCGAUUUUGGCUCGCGGUCAGUUUGGAUACCCAAUGAAGGACAAGCCUAACACCAUCUUCUUAGAGAGGUUUUUUUAA